AUGUCAGUCUUCACCUAUGUACAGUCAUUGCCAUGCUUACUGGUGGAUUUGAUGUCCAAAGGAACACAUUGUUGUGACGGCACAGUGUUUCUGGAGAGAUACAAAUUCAGAUCCCCUAAAUUCAAGUGGUUUCUGCAAGGUUUCUGGAAACCUUCAGCAUCCACUGGUAUCAAUAAGCUGAAUAAUGAGGAGAAUUAUGUUGAACCGAGCAUAGCUCAGGGUGGGAUGCAAGCAGCUGCUAAGGGAAAGUGGUGGGUGCAAAAGAAAGGGUAUCUGGAGCAAGUUUGUCGUCAUUGGCAAUAUGCAUUGCUCAGUUGCCAAUCUUCAGCAACCUCAAGUCAUCCUGUGGACUGCAGAAACUUGAGCUGUUCAGCGGCUACGCAAGAGAAAUGCGAAGCAUGGUUAAAGAGACGAUAUGCCUACCCCCUCAAGGAUGCUGAACCUUUGAUGGGAAAUUGCUCUUUUAUGGAUGGAACUGCCUCUCCAGUACCUGGAUUCACUUCUACGCAUGAAGUCAAAUGCAAGUCCGUCAUUUUGAAUUGCAUCGGACCCUUAUUGCCCCUGUUGAACUCGUGGGUCACCGUUGACAUUCAAGAAGUGUUCUAUGAUGCACUAUGCACAGAACAAGCUUGUCAGGCAGGGCUGAUGGCAUGUUCUCUUACUGUAAACCUGUAUCAACGCAACAUUGAGUUAGAGAUGCUCAUCUUGCAGGCCAAGAUGCACCAUGCCAAAGCUGAGAUAGAGCUCUAUAUAGUGGCCAUUCAAAAUGCCCAUGAAUUGGACUUCUCUGACAUCACUAGUGUCUCGUCUUCCGCCAGUGAAUUUAUUCCACCCCCUCGACCAGACAAAUUGUGUUUUUAUGAUGAGGACUGUGAUGAUGUGAUGGACAACUUUGAUGACUUUCAACUUUGA